CAUGGCUGUCAGGCCACUUUAGUGAAGCAGGAGGGCGAAGUAGCGUACUGAAUUGGGGGGGGGGGGGAGGGGGCGGGGCCCCGGCUGCACACAGGUGGAGCGCUCCUGCUCUCUCCGUGGUGCUGAAAGAUUCUCUCACUCCGGAUCCGGGUCUCCCCCACCGAAGCCUAACCCCUGAGUCCCCCUCCACUAUCCUCCACGAGCCCCCACCACCUUGACAACUUGGCGCGCUCGUCUUUUUACAUCGGCCAGUAGAUCUUAAAAAUGGCUGUGCGUGGAUUAAGGGACUGCGCAAAGCAAAAACGGACUUACUGGAGCGCCGCUUUGUGACAGAGGAAGCAGUCUUUGCACACUGAACGUCUUCGUCCUCUCCUUGUUCGGGCUCUAUUGGAUCUCCAGGAUAUCGAGGCGUUUCUUUUGGGGGGGAAGCACAAGGAAAACUCGAAUUAUUUGGAUUAUACUAACAAUAUGCACACACACCACUUGCGUUUCUUACACUAGAGUAGUCGUGCAGAUCAUUUUUUUGGGAGAAGGAAAUGGAGCCUGGGCGCAAUGAGGGAGCUGUUCCAAAGGCUAAAGAGGGACUGAAACAAAUUGCGGGAAAGGCCCUCGGAGGUCUGUACAGGAGGUUGGAGAAGCGGCAGCAGACGGGCGAGGCCAUCGAGCUGACCGAGGAUGGGCGGCCCCGGGCCGAGCAGGGCCGCAGGGGGCCCCUGUGUGACUGCACGUGUUUCGGACUCCCGCGCAGGUACAUCAUCGCCAUGCUGAGCGGCCUGGGCUUCUGCAUCUCCUUCGGCAUCCGCUGCAACCUAGGCGUGGCCAUCGUCAGCAUGGUCAACAACAGCACCAUCCACCAGAACGGCAAGAUCAUCAUUAAAGAGGUGUGCCCAACACCGAACACGUCAGCGGGACACCUCCACGGCUCCUUCUUCUGGGGUUAUAUCGUCACCCAAAUUCCAGGAGGAUACAUUUCUUCCAGACUGGCCGCCAACAGAGUUUUCGGGGCUGCAAUCGUACUGACAUCCACCCUGAACAUGUUCAUCCCCUCUGCGGCCCGCGUGCACUACGGCUGCGUCAUCUUUGUGAGGAUAUUACAAGGCUUGGUUGAGGGCGUGACUUAUCCAGCAUGUCAUGGAAUCUGGAGUAAAUGGGCUCCUCCUCUGGAAAGGAGUCGUCUGGCAACCAUCUCUUUCUGUGGAUCCUAUGCUGGUGCGGUCAUAGCCAUGCCUCUGGCUGGAAUCUUGGUGCAGUACACAGGAUGGUCGUCAGUCUUCUAUGUGUACGGUACCUUUGGUUUAAUCUGGUACAUGUUCUGGAUCUUGGUGUCCUACGAGAGCCCGGCCGAGCACCCGACCAUCACAGAAGAGGAGCGCCGUUAUAUCGAGGAGAGCAUCGGCGAAAGUGCCCAGCUGAUGGGUGCCAUGGAGAAAUUCAAGACCCCCUGGAGGAAGUUCUUCACCUCUAUGCCCGUCUAUGCAAUUAUUGUGGCAAACUUCUGCAGGAGCUGGACCUUUUAUCUGCUGCUCAUCAGCCAGCCAGCCUACUUUGAAGAGGUGUUUGGCUUUGAAAUAAGCAAGGUUGGAAUAGUGUCAGCGCUCCCCCACCUGGUCAUGACCAUCAUCGUGCCCUUAGGAGGCCAGUUAGCCGACUACCUGCGUACGCACAACAUCAUGUCCACCACGACGGUCCGCAAGAUCAUGAACUGUGGAGGAUUCGGUAUGGAGGCCACCCUCCUCCUGGUGGUUGGUUAUUCUCACAGUAAGGGGAUAGCCAUCUCCUUCUUGGUGCUGGCGGUGGGCUUUAGUGGCUUUGCAAUAUCAGGUUUCAACGUCAAUCAUUUAGACAUCGCUCCACGCUACGCCAGCAUCCUCAUGGGCAUUUCCAAUGGGGUGGGCACCCUGUCAGGGAUGGUCUGCCCUCUAAUCGUGGGAGCCAUGACAAAGAAUAAGACGAGGGAAGAGUGGCAGUAUGUCUUCCUGAUUGCCUCCCUGGUGCAUUACGGGGGCGUGGUGUUCUACGGUAUCUUCGCAUCCGGGGAAAAACAGCCAUGGGCCGACCCUGAGGAGACCAGCGAUGAGAAGUGCGGCUUCAUUGACGAGGACGAGCUGGCCGAAGAGACGGGUGACAUCACGCAGGCUUACGGCGCCAUGGGCGGCCCCGCGAAAAGCUACGGAGCCACCGCACAGCUCAAUGGAGGAUGGGUGCAGGACUGGGAUAAGACGGAGGAGUAUGUUCAGGAACCGGCCGGGAAGAUGUACUCGGAGCGAGGCUAUUCUUGAGAGGAUAUAUGUCCAAUUUCCGUCCCAAAUUGCACAAUCGAACAUUAUAGAUAGAUGAAUUCAUUCUGUGUAUUCUAGUUGUACGGCAGUUCUAGUUUCUAAAGGCUGGUGUAAAGGGGAGCCCAUGUUAGCUUCUCACACACUUCUCCUCACAUCUACAGUCAGCGUAGGGAGGUCGCAAAGGAAGCCGCAGGCUUGUGUUGUAGUCUUAGGCACCCACACCUCAUCAGUUUACUUGAACAACAUGAGCCAGAUGACACUGCAGUAGACCAUCACACAAGGUCUCUCUCUCCUAUUGCACUGAAACUAUCAUAACAAUUCUAAAAGACAAAAAAAAAAAAGCUGAUUAUAUUGUGUUUUACGUACUGUAUAUACCCGUAUACUGUUUCUGUGAGACUAUUGUGGAUUUGGGUCGUUGAUCUGUGUUUAACCUUGAUAUAAAAAGGCCAUAUUUUUCAUGGACAGCACCUUUUCAGGGAGAUGUCUGCUUGCAAAAAAGGUCUCCUGCUCCAGCGAGACCUGUAAUACUCUUGAAGACAAAAAUAGGGCGAGAUUAUAGUGUCUUUGUUGCAUGACUUUGCGCCAAAUCAAUGUUGAGAUGCAGCGUUGUCCUCAUUCAUCCGCCCGCCAUGAUAGAAGAGAAUAAACUUUGCGCAACGAGAUGGUGAGGCGAGACAAAUCAGAAGCCUUUCAGAAAGGCGGUUGCUCAUUCAAGUUUGGUGUGCGCUGCAAUAAAUCCUGUGUAAUGGCUGCUAUCCACCACCACCUGUUUUUGUAACGUAAACACUGGCUUGCUGUAUCAAACUGUUCUUGUUUUGGAGUCAUGUGGUGAUUGACGAUAAGACGUGUGUUUUGAACAGAUUUACUCAUAUGCGGAGAAUCCAGCUUUUAGUGCUCACGGUGCCGACUUUUGACAGUGAGGAAUGCAGUUCUGUAUGUGGAUGACUCCUUUGGUGUUUCUUGCUUGUUCCCAGUCAAGUGACUUUAUGGACACAUGAGUGGACAACUGUCAUUCAUGAAAGGCUCUUCCAUUUGAAUUUCUUCGCUACUUUGUUUCACCAUUUGCUGUCUGCAAGGAAUGUUUCAAAUAUAUGAAUAUUUAAGAAUGUUUUCAGACCAAAAGAUAUUAUCGUGGCGUCGAGCCUGAAGUCAAUGUAUACACAGAUAAAUGUGAGUUUAUGGAUACAAAUAUUGUGUUUAACAAAGAGAUAUGUUGAUGUUGAAAAGUGCUAUCAAAAUUUUAUAUAUAUAUAUAAAAACAAAACAAAAAACAACA